GGUGUUUAUCUUUUUCGUGUAGUCACGAAUUUGCAAGACAUCCGCUUUUUGGGGAGAUUCUCCGGAAUAUUCGCUCAAGCUGCAGAAAAUUAAAACACCAUGGGUACAGGUACCUUCCAAGAGGACUUUCUUUCAAGACGAUCGAACUUAAAUCAACACUGGAUCAAGAUCUGUAUUGUUGCAGGCAGGUAUCAGCCUAAGCAGUUACGCGGGGUAUGCGCGCCAUUCAAGUGCGUUCCUAUAGGUAUAAGGGCUCGAAACUGGACAGCCCGAUCUAAAGUUGGCAUCACACCUAUCUCGUCUCUUUACAAACUUGGGUUACUUCAUGAGGGGUCAAAUCUACUUGCGCGCUCGGUAGCUCACGGUUUACUGCCGAAUCUAAUGCUGGUUAUGUUGCGAUGGUUCUGACAAAGAUCAAAUCGUUCUUGCGCUCCAAUGAACACUACAUUCCCACAAAGUCUCACUUCGAAUAAGACAAAAUGAACACCAUGGAUCGCAAAAUCUGCGUAUAUAUCAUCAUCCCCUCGAAGAAAUUAUGAUCGACAUCGAAAGCAGACGCAUAAGACCAUUUUUGGACGACAUGUGGUCGCAAUGGAACCUACCCACCUUUUUUGAGUUAUACUUCUCGGAAAAAUUAUCACAGUAAAUGAGGGGAAAAUCUAUUUGGUCCGGAAUCCAUCUUCAUAUAUAUAUCCCUUUUACAAAAUGACAAAAUCUCCAAUCACUGGAAAAUACAUAUUCUUCAAUCAUGGGUGUCAAAGGUCUCUCGCGGGGUCUAGCAGUCGCUUCUUUCUUAGUCCUUAGUUUAGUAAAUGCUGCUACUCUCACAGUGUCCACAACCGGCGGCAAUGCAUCCAGCCCUAUCCUUUACGGCCUCAUGUUUGAGGAUAUCAACAACUCCGGUGAUGGCGGUAUACAUGGCCAGUUGCUGCGAAACAAUGGAUUCCAAGGAACAAAUCCUGGAUUGACAGCUUAUGCUGCUGUUGGUGGCACAAAUCUCACUGUUGACACUGCCAAUCCUCUCACUAAAGCUCUCCCAAGGUCUUUAAAAGUUUCCGUUCCAUCUGGAACAACUGGACAAGUUGGCUUUUCGAACGCUGGAUACCUUGGUGUCCCCGUUAAUGCCGAUACAUAUGCCAACUACUUCUGGAUCAAGGGCUCAUACUCUGGACCAGUUACAUUAUCCCUCGUCGGUGUCGCAAGUGGAACAGUAUAUGCCACCAAAACCAUUACAGUUAAUAGUGUGGCCACUUCUUUCACCUACUAUGAGACUACAUACCAAUCUACACAGGCUCCAGACGGCAACAAUGUUUGGAAGUUAACAUUUGAUGGAGCUAAAGUUGCCGGCAGCGCAUUGAACUUUGGCCUUCCCCAACUUUUUCCAGUCACAUUUCACAAGCGUUACAAUGGUAUCAGAAAUGAUGUGGGAAACUUCCUUCAGGCACUCGAGCCAUCUUUCUUCCGCUUUCCGGGCGGAAAUAAUAUAGAAGGUUCGUCGCCAGGAAACAGAUGGAAAUGGAAUGAAACCAUUGGUCCAGUUGAAAAUCGACCAGGAAGACAGGGUGAUUGGGGUUAUCCAAACACAGAUGCUUUAGGCUUAAUGGAGUAUCUUCAAUUCAUCUCAGAUGCAGGUAUGAUACCAGUAUUAGCCGUCUGGUCAGGCCUUUCUCUCUCUGGAGGUGGCGUUGUUUCCGGUGCAGCUCUUACACCUUAUGUCGAUGAUAUCCUGGAUGAACUUGAGUUCCUUCUUGGAUCUACGUCAACGACAUGGGGUGCACUUCGUGAAUCUUACGGUCAAGCUGCACCAUAUGAUAUUCCUUUUAUCGAGGUCGGUAAUGAGGACAAUUUAAGUGGAGGCUGUGGUACAUACGCCUCUAGAUUUACAGCUAUCUACAACGCAAUUCAUGCGGCCUAUCCUGACAUCACAGUCAUAGCGUCGACAUCCCAAGCAUCUUGUCUUCCAAAUCCACUUCCAGCUGGUGUUUGGACUGAUACUCAUCACUAUCUCUCACCAAAUGGAUUUGUUUCCAUUUUCAACGAAUUUGACAACAAGCCUCGCGAUGGUCCAGGGAUUUUUGUCGGUGAAUACGCUAGCACAACUGACAAUAGCGGCGCUACAACCUACUGGUCAUCAGUCCAAGGUGCUAUCUCCGAGGCAGUCUACAUGAUUGGUAUGGAACGUAACUCUGAUAUCGUAAAGAUGGCUUCAUACGCUCCUCUUUUUGAGCAUUUCGACAUGGCCGAAUGGUCACCCGAUCUAGCUGGACUCAAUGCCGAUCCUGGAUCUCUUACUGGUAGCGCAAGUUAUUAUGUUCAACAGUUGUUCUCCAUUCAUCGUGGCGAUACUAUCCUUCCCGUUACUUCUGAUGCUGCGUUUGGUCCCCUGUAUUGGGUUGCGAGUAGUACAAAGGCUGGAUUAUACUACGUCAAGAUUGCCAAUUAUGGCACUGCGUCUCAGAAUGUUACUGUGAAUAUUCCUGGCGCAACAGGUGCAAGUUCAAGUGCUAAAUUGGUUUCCUUUACGGGUCCUGCAACUGCAAGUAAUUAUCCGUUGGAUGUUACCUUGCAGCCUGUUACAAGUACAGUGACUGGAAGUGCGGCUGGGGGAUGGACUUUUAAUGUUGCUGCUUAUGGUGUUGCCAUCAUUACUGUCAGUACUUAGAUAUCUAUCAGGUCUAUAGGUUGGUAAGACGGUCGGGUCUAGCCUUCUGAGUAUAUCACUGGAUACGUCGUUGAUCAGGAAUAAAAGUCGCUCUAUAUAAACCAUCGCCCCAAUCUUCGAGUGCAGAUGCAAAUUGAGGGGUGAAGAAAUUGGACGAAGUUGUAGCUAGCACAGCUGUAUCAAUCAAUCCGCGUUCUUGGUUAUGAGAUA